AUGCGUGUGUCGCCCUCAGAGAUUGCAGACCGCGUGCGGCGGAGCUCGGAUUCAGGCUCUCCAAAGUACUUCAUGGCGGUGCGUGCCAACGUGGACAAGUUGAUGCAGAUCAAGCAGUUGGAAGAGAGUUUCUCAGCUCGCUUCUUCUUCGAGGCGAGGUUGAAAGGUGGCCUUGCCGAGAGAUUCUUGCGGAGAACAGCUAGGAACUGUCUCGAGGAGCCAACAGACGAAUCACCCAAGCCGAAAGUUUGGAUGGACUACAAGGACGGCAGCAGCGUGGUCAAGAUGUCUUGGGUGAUUGCUGGCGAGUUUGCGGAGAAGCUAGAAUUGAAAAGCUUUCCCUUCGACUGCCAAGAGCUGUCUGUGACACUCUGCCUAGGUGUGCCUUGUCUCGCCGGAAAGGAGCAAGUGUGCUUUCAGCGUCCAGAUGAAGACGAAUCCAAAGUGAUCUUGAACGUCUUCAGUCUGCAAAACUCCUGGAUGCGCCCGGAACGCGUCUUCUUGAAGUUUGACUGGACCGAUAAAGACAAGAAUUGGCAGGGACAUCAGUUUCCGACUGUGAAAAUCAGCGUUUAUCUGCAGCGCAAAUACGGGUUUUACAUUUGGAAUGUCGUCCUCCCCAUGUUCCUGAUCGCUUCGAUGAGUGCUUGCUCGAUGAGCAUCCACAUCGACAAAGUCGCUGAUCGUCUGAGUGCGACUUUAACUUUGGUCCUCACGGCGGUUGCUUACAAGUACAUCACCGCUCAGAUGGUUCCCACCAUCGGUUACAACACCUGGUUGGACAAGUACGUGCUGGCAUGCUUCUGGUUCCUUGUAGUCAUUGUCUUGGAGAACUGCGUUGCUGGACGGUUCGACGAACAGACCGAGUCUUCAUGGUUCAUGUUCAUCGGCAUUAUGUUCAUCUUGACCAAUAUCGGUUUCGCAAUCUGGGCGUGGAUUCUCGUCGCGCAAGCCACGACGCAAGCCAAAGAGGGCCCCGGAGCGCAGGCGUGUUGCGAGGGCUGCCUCGCCGAGCUCUCGGACGACAUGGCGGGCGAUGCGCUCUGCGAGUGUUGA